AUGAGACUCCCGAUAUUUCGACACUGUUGCAAGUGCCAUGAUCACGGGAUGACUGAUUAGAUUGGAGUGGAGUAGGUAGAUACAUACAUAGCGUGCGGUUUGUCGUAGUGAGUUUGGUGCGAGUUCAGAUGGUUCCGAACAUUCCGAUAUCAAAAACAUAAAAAAGCGGCAAAGAAAGAGGGUAGACAGAUAUGUGUGCCCGUAGAAAAUUAUGGAUCUACCUACUCCACUCCAAUCUCAUCAGUCAUCCCGUGAUCAUGGCACUUGCAACAGUGUCGAAAUAUCGGGAGUCCCAUAUCCCCAUUUAAACGCGUCGAAAAAGAAGGUGAAACGGAAGAUACCGAAGAUAGUGUGUCCGGAAGCCAAAAGACCUAAAAACAUGGACACCCUAUGCAAGAUUUUUGUGACCACGGCUCAGGAUUGCUGUGUCUGUAUCAAAGUCCUGUUCUACUACUUCUCAGAGAUAUGCCGUAUGGUAACGUGCCUGCAACACGGAAAGAGGCCGACCACCAAUUUCAGUAAUUUAUUUUGCCAACUUGGUGACGUCACGAUUCGGUUGUUUAAGGACGUCUAUACAUUAGCAAAGUUCGCCUAUAGGCAUGUCCGUAAAUUCUACCACAAAAUUGAGAAAUGUCUCUAAAAGGCAAACGUUUAUGGUCGCCGUACGGUCACGAGCAUUAAUAUGCACUUUGGUACCGCGUCACAUUAACUUUUUUGACAAAUUGAACUGUAAGUCUUACUAAAUGUCAAAUAUGUUAGUGCGACAGAGUCCUAAAGUGGGUACAUUAUAUUGCUCAUGACUGUACAGUACACUCCACUUUUAACAACAUCUAAGAGUGGUAUUAAUAAACUAAUCUCAGCUGAGACUGCCCUCAAGAUCAUGCUCAAGUCUCUGUUUUUAUAUGAGAACUGUGAAAUUGACAUGAUCUUGCGGGCAGUCUCGAAGCUGAGAUUAGUUUAUUAAUACCACCCUUAGAAUACAAGUUUCAGUGUCUUGUGGUCAAAGCCGC